AUGGAUGCGGAUGGCUCAGCUCAAGAUGAAUCUGUUAGCGGUGGUCCAGGACAAGCUACCAUCAGUGGUAGUCGAGCUCAGAGUCCAUCUGCAUCAGCAAGUGGUUCAUCAUCAACCUCAACGACACCAACAGAUGUUCAUAUGCCGGUCGCUGAGAAUUGGUGCCACACACAGGUGAAAGUAAUCAAGUUUAAUUAUAUGUGGACUAUUAACAAUUUUUCAUUUUGUCGUGAGGAAAUGGGUGAGGUACUGAAAAGUUCGACUUUUAGUGCUGGUUCGAAUGAUAAGUUAAAAUGGUGUUUAAGGAUUAACCCAAAAGGACUUGACGAGGAAUCAAAGGAUUAUUUAUCACUUUACUUGUUACUUGUACAAUGUGCUAAAAAUGAAGUACGAGCUAAAUUCAAGUUUUCAAUACUAAAUGCUAAGAGGGAGGAAACUAAGGCCAUGGAAUCUCAACGUGCAUAUCGCUUUGUACAGGGAAAGGAUUGGGGAUUCAAGAAGUUUAUUCGAAGGGAUUUUCUUCUUGAUGAAGCAAAUGGUCUCCUUCCUGAAGAUAGAUUAAGUAUUUUUUGUGAGGUAUCAGUUGUAGCGGAAACAGUUAAUGUAACGGGGCAAUCAAAUCUUAUGCAAUUCAAGGUACCAUCUUGCCGGUUAUCCGAUGAUAUGGCUAACCUUUUCGAAAAGCAUUGUUUUUCGGAUUGUCUUCUGGUAACCGGUACAAAGGAGUUUCAUGUACAUAAAGCUGUAUUAGCGACAAGGUCUCCUGUAUUUGCUGCAUGCUUUGAACAUAAAAUGAGUGAGUCACAGUCGGAUCGUGUUAUUAUCGAUGAUGUUGAGCCAGAUGUUAUGAAAGAAAUGUUACGAUUUAUGUACACUGGUACAGCACCCAAUCUUGACCGCAUGGCUGACACGCUAUUAGCGGCGGCUGACAAAUAUCAAUUAGACAGAUUGAAA